GCGUAUCCUUGUCGCACGCGGCAAGCCAUGGAAAUCGCGCGAUAUGUUAACCGUUUCCUCGGGAUGCAUCAGGAUACGGAACAGAUCCUGACCGACAACGGGGCCGAAUUCAGGGGAGGAGUAUUAAAGAAUCUGGUCAUACAUGGUGUCGCCAUACGGAACACUGCACCCCACAUGUCACAAUGCAAUGGACUGGUCGAAAACGCUAACCGGGUGAUAAAGACAACAUUGCGACGAAACAUCGCGGCACGGGAUCUGAGACCCUGGGCCGAUAUCGUCGAUCACAUCCUGGCUGUCCAUCGCGGAACGCCUCACGAAUCGACGGGGCUAAGCCCCUUCCAAUUAAGGACCAAUAGCGUCGCUUGCGUUUCAAUACCAAGCCUCCCAGACGAGUCUACAUUGAACCGAGGGCCCACCAGGGCCACGGCUAGGGACAAGGCCAAACGGCACCUAGAGCUAAUGGAACGGUCACUGCCCAGGCUAGCCCGAAAACGACAGAAAAUGACCGAACUAGCCCAAGGCCGGCAGGUCCGGAGCUACGAGGCCCGAAAUGGGAAUGUGGGUCCGCGGCCCCAGUACAAAUUGGGGGACGUGGUGCAGUGGUCGGCUUAUGUAGAGGGAGCCGCAGAGCGCAUCCCGCUGUCGCAGCAACAAUAUUUGGAUCCCCGGACGAUUCGCGAUCCUGCCUUCUUCAAGCAUCCUACGGCGGAGCAGUUUGCGGCCAUUCGAGAAGAAGAGGAGGAAGAAGAAAGCACCAGGAGUGACGAAGACGAGGACGUGCGGGAGGAAGACGGGGAUAGCGACGAGGAGCUCGGUGAAGAAGACGAAACCCCCGAAGAGGGAAGCUGUAGUGAGCAUAGCGAGGGGGAACCGAGCGAAGAAGAAGAAGAAGACGAGGAAGGAGAAGAGGAGCACGAAGAAGAGCCUGCUGAAUCGGAGUGGGAAGCCGUGCCGGAAGAAGCGCUGCGUACUGGUACAGAGGCGGAGGAUCUCGAGGCGGCCCGCAAAAGAGAAGAAAUCGUGGUCGGGAAAGAGUUAGAGCUCGUAAGCGAGGCGAGUCUGCAGAUCCACGAUGACCCGAACCGAGAUCCGGAGCCGCCCCGGCCUGAAGAUGGCGACCUCGCGGCCACAACUCCGACCCCAUCAACGCGGCGAUGGAGCCGAUUCCCCUCCUCCCCAACCCGUCCCCCAGUUCGCCGACGUACCGAUACGGGCGGUCGGAGGAAAGAUGCAGGUCGAUCAUCUCCACGUGUCGCACAAGAAGGAGAUGCAGGUCGGAGUAAUAGGAAAUCAUGGGCACAGAGCAAUUGGCGCCCGCCCAAGUGGAAGAUUCCCAAACCGAAGCUGGUGGUUCGUGCCUCGUCAUUCAGGCAUCCGAACUCGCGCCAUGUGGAGUAUAUUUCAGGCCACGCCUUCAACAACGCCAUAGAGAUCUUUGUCCCAUGCUUGCCCACUAGCCAGUCACUGGGACCACCACUUGAGGAAUUGUCCAGUAUAUGUGGAGAUGACAAUUUUAUAUACGUGAUUAAAGCGCCUAUCAGCCUGUUCAUUAACCCGCAGUUCUCAGCCAGUUACAUAAAAAACACAGAAGGAGGAUCGGUCUGCGCUCUCUCUUCUUGCUCGUUGAUCGACCAGUCGGACACAGUUGCUUUAGCCCCUGAUGGAAAGCUUUACUUGGGAGUAACGAAGGAUACAUAUCAAAGGCUUGGCCUCCCCGGAAAAUUAAGCAACUUCGUAGGAAAUGAGCGUUACAACAUCUGCAUUGACUUGCGUGCACCGUCAUUUGUUCCUGGAGGAACGUUUUACGACAAGGUGAACGAAGCGUUCUUGACGCGCACAGGGGUCAUGGAAUUUGUCUGCACUUUCUUUUCUGGUGGGAGGUCAAGAGAGAUGUGUUUUCCUACUUCUGUCGCCUCAAGGAGAGUCACCAUUGACAAAUCAUACAGGAUUAUGAAAAUGGUCCCGUUGCCGCCAUUGGAUGGAUCAGCAACACAGUCAGCUGAAGUUGAUAGCGCCAGAUCGACAGGCACACCACAGCAGACAAGUGCGGGACUGGCAGGGCAGGCAAAAGGCGGAAAGAGGAGGCAACAACGUGAUAAUUUGGAGAAAGGGAGGACAGGUAUCAAUAAUGGACAGGAGGAGAUGAGUGGUGACGCCAUGGAGGUUGACGAGGGCUAUCUUUGCCACGUCAGCAUCAAGUGUGAAGAGAGCAACAAGGGGGACAAUUUUGCUGCUGAACUCAAUGAAAAUCCAGGCCACGGUCCGUGGCUAUGUCCAUUAGAUGCGGAAUUCUUGAGUGCUGUUCAUGAAUGGGUUGGCGCUAUCUCCUGCGGGGCAGCUGGUGGGAUUAUCAGAGCAAGCACCUCUGAUGGUGAUGAGUAUGUUAACGCCGUUUCAUCGUACAAAUGGCCAAUCCCUCAUCGGGGACAAGCAACAAGAGGUGACGGAAACACGACCAGGUGGACAGGCAUGUUCACACCUGCACAGGUUGCUGCUUUCCUUGAACGUGCCAGGUCUUUCGUGAGAAGUGGACGUGCCCCAUGGUGUGCGUUCUCAGUUUGGGGUUUUGCAGAUUCGCCGGUGUCUUGGGAUGGAGCGGAACAUGGAUAUUUGCUUGGAGGAGAAAAUGACUACACAUUUCUCCUUUUUCCUAAUGACAAAUACAUCCGGUUCAGUGCUGCAGGUGGAUACGACGCUUUACGAUAGAAGGGUGCAGCUCCGAGAAACCGCAGCCGAGUUGCCCUGCUCCUCCGUCCUGGCUGGCGUGCCCUUCCACAGUGCAGUGCCAAGUGAGUGUCACCAUCAUCUGAGAUACGGACGAGGGUAGGAGCAUUAGCGUGAGGCCAACCUAGCUGGGUACGCUCGGCAUCAGGUCCUUCAUUGCUCGUUGACGGGAAUCAUAAUCAUGGCGAUGGCGAUGGAAGGAAAGUGAGGAGCUGGAGAGCCUUCCUCUGUAUCGCGUGGGAGGUUUGCUGGGAACCGGGCCCAGCGUCCGUUGGAGUAAAAGAUGGAGAUGAAGACCAACAUUCAGGCCAUGGAUUGAGAGACAAAGCAGAGAGAGGGAGGGCUGGGCAAUGCACCUCAUCUGGGAUAACCUCCCACUCAAGGACAGGCUCCAAGUCUGCUGGGGGCUCGUUCGCAUCUUUACAGUUUUUAGGUCUCCUUUAUGUCUCCCGGCAGUGGUGCAAAGAAGUGCUUGACACGUUGUCCGGCCCGUUUGUUUUCCUGUGCCCUCCAGUUUUACCCUGCUAUCUUUUCAAAGUCGCAGCGCGUGUACAGCCGCGACUCUCGGGGAGUACCAGAGCGCCGUUUCGCUGGAUUUCCAUCCAGGCAAAACGGGUCGCAUGCGGCCCAUUUUGCCCGGAUGAAUGUCCAACGAAACGGCGCCUGAGCACUUUCCAAAAGAUGUGGCCGUAAAUGAGCUGCAUAUUUGUUUUUCAAGCGGGGAAAGGUACUGGCGGUUUAAUCUCUUCAUCCAUCUAUUUCACAUGCUUCUUUUUUUUUUCCCCAGGGUCAAUCCAUAUUUCCCUGAACAUGCGGAUUAGCUCCAAUCUUGCCGAAACUGAUCUUUUUUCUUCGAAAUUAUGUUGCGGUCAGUGCCGGUCACCCACAAGAAUGAGAGAGGUAUUCUUGACCAAGGUCUUGUGUUUGAAAGCCUUCAGAACUUCUCGCCGUACUCAUCCAGACAACAGAAGAUGGCUGUUAUAGCAUCGUUCUUUACGCAGAGCCAGGGCGAUGAAUAGCAUGCCUGGGGGAUUUCCGUGUUUUUAACUCACGUUGAAAAUUGAGCUUCGGAUUCGAGGAUUUCCAGAUGCGUACUUCGGUACAUCAGUCCGAAGAUUUCUGCAGAGAUAUCAUGAUGUUUGGGCCAGAUGGGUUACAUGUUUUACGGACUGGAGAAGCUAGAGAAAGUAUUGUGCGGAUACUCGUCUUUUUUCCUUUUCCCUCUCUGACGCAGCCAGGUCCAGCUCUGUGAAGUCUGACGAGGUCUACCGGGUCUAAGUUGAGGCUGUAGCUAUAGCUAAUUCUACAACAAGGGAACUAUAAAUAGAGGUUAGGCUAUAUUCACGUCUCAUCUUGAGGCAGAAUCGACCCCUGAAGAUGGCCGGGACGGCGACCGGCCGAAACGCGGCGUCGGGUCACGCCCGUUACGCGACGGUACUUUGAGUU